GGGGAGGAGUCAAGAGGCAGGGUUGGAGUUGAACAGACGUUUGUUCUGUUAUGUAUUUUUUGUUUAUGUGACUUAGUCCCUUGUUUCGUCGAUUGGAGGAAAUCAUGGCUGGACCAAAUCCCCAUAGCAUCAGUUCAGGGAUUCCGUUGCGGAAAAUUCCUGCUCAGAAUAUCGUUAACAGACUGAUACGCCGUGAAAUUUAUGGUUAUGUUAGACCCGGUACUCACUUUCAUGUUGUGAGAGAAUUUUAUCAGAACGUUCACCCGAACUUCACAAUUGUGAAUGUUGAAAAGCCACCAUGUUUCCUUAGAAAAUUUAGCCCAGAUGGCAAACAUUUUGUGGCAUUUUCAUCAGACCAAACAUCACUAGAAAUUUAUGAUUAUAGAGGGGCAGCAGCAGUUGCUGACCUCAUACAUCAUUGCAAGGGAGAGUAUGUUGGGAAUAAAAAUGAUGAGAAGAGUGACAAUAUUAGAAGUCAAGCUUUUGAUCGCUUCUUCAAGCUGAAGUGGACUGUGAAUGUUGCUCAAAGUGGGGAACAGCUCAAUCGUGAGUGCAGUUUAUUCACUGAUGAUGGUCGUUUCAUAAUCGUUGGAUCAGCUGCUUAUUUGUCAGAAGAGCAACGGCCUUCAUUUUAUGAAAUCUAUACGAAUAAUGAAUCUGUCACACCAAAUCCUAGACUACCAUUAGAGGAUUACUCAUUACACUUAGUUGAUUUACAGGCUGGAAGGUUGUGUGACACCAAGCAGUUUAAAGUUGACAAGAUUUUUCUUUCUCACAAUCAAGGACUAUAUUUAUAUCGCGACACUCUAGCUGUUCUCUCAGUUCAACAACAGACGAUUCAUAUUUUUAGAAUAACCGAUGAUGGGGUUUUUACGAAUGUACGAUCCAUAGGCAGAUUCUGCCACGACGAUGAUGAUUUUCUCUUGUCAUUGGUCUCUGAGAUAAGGUCACCAGGCUUCAGUGGGGUCUCUCGUCAUUUCAAGGAGCAGACAAUUAACUGUUUGAAACAUCGGUUGCUUUCAUUCUUGUUCAAGCGAGCCCAUAAUUUGUCUGAAGAAGCUGGAAAUGCAUAUGAGCUUAGAAAGUUUUUCCAAUAUUUUGAUCAGCUAAAAAGUUUAAGGAUGUGGAAGAUGCAAUUAAUUGAUGAGGAUCAUCUUCUGAUCAAAUAUGCUUGUGAGGAUGUUGUAACUCUUCAAGCAGCUGAGCCCAAUUCUCAGGCUUCGUUCUUUGCCUUUUACAGCAUUUCUAAGGCAGAAAUAAUUGCAGUAUUUGAAAAUGCAUCCAAGCAACUACUGACACUCUUUGAGAAUCAUUGUGACUCCUUCAGAAAUACACGGCUAAACUCUGAGUGUCAAUUUACAUGUUCUCCCUCAAACAAUAUUUAUGCUAGGCUGAUUCAACAGAGAUUUAAACAGACUAUUGUGUCUGCAAGAUUUGGAGGCCCACGUGAAGCUACCAAAAGGCUUCUGGCACAACUACCAAUCAGUGCUCAGUCUUACAGUUGUUCUCCUUACCUAGAUUUGGCCCUUUUUAGUUACGACGAUAAAUGGGUCUCAGGUAUGGAAAGACCCAAAGCAUGUGGAGAGCAUCCUAUCAGAUUUUAUGCUCGUGGCUCAGGCCUUCUUAAAUUUCGAAUAUAUGCUGGUUUCCUGGGCAAAAACCCCCCUCCCACCGCCCGUCAACUUGUGGCCUUCACUUUCCAUCCAACCGACCCAUUUGCAAUUAGUGUUCAAAGAACUAAUGCCGAAUAUGUAGUUAAUUUUCAUGUGCGACAUGAUGCAGUCGAAAUGAUGCAGCUCCAAAGAGCUGUAGAGUGAGAUUUUUAAAAAUAAUUUCCAUUGUUUAGAAACCAAAUUUGUUUUGUUCGUGAACUUGAGUUUGACAUAAUCAAAAGGUUAAUAGUGGCAAGACUUUGUAUGUUCUUAUAUACUGACGUCUGUGAUUUUGCUCAUGUGAUAUUUAAUUUUAAAUGCCAUUGUGCUAAGAGUAGAAAUUUUUGUACAUUUGUAUUGUACAAGUUUAGGUAGUUGUUUGACAGCUCUCUUCAAAGAUGGCAACUAAUGAACAUUAUUAUUGUUAAAAGAUGAAAAUGUUUAUGACUGUCUCAACAGUAUUAUUUUUUAAAAAGCUGGAGAUUAGUUAGGAAUGUUUUCCUAUUCAAUUCAGCACUGAAUUUAGUAAGAGAAAGUAACAGCGCCCAGUCAAUUUUUAAACUUGACUUGAAAAUUAUUGUGGAAAAGAAACCAAGUGAUUCAUUAUUUAAUAUGUUGGUAUUUUGUCUUUGUCAUUCUUUUUCUGUCACAGGAUUCAAAGAUAACAAAACUUUUCAGUUAAUUUGUCAUGUAAGAAAUUUGUUGCAUGUAGCUAAGACAUCCUGUGGCUUUCACUUUGCAGUGCAAUACUGGUGCAUGUGCACCCAAUCAAAAUUUUUAAAAAGACAUGUAACAUGUCUCAGUCAAAAUUAAACGAAUUUCAAUAGCA